GAGGCAAUCGCUUAAUCAGCUGAGCCACCCAGGCGCCCCGGUAGAAGGUCAUUUUAAAAAGGACUGAAAAGGUGGGAUGGACAGAGUUGAGUGGGUAUUUUUUGACUACCUAAUAAAAGCUAGGACCUCAAAGAUACAGAGGGAAGUUGAACGGGACCUGGCUUCUGAUCUCAAAUCUAGGUAGGGAGGCAAGGUGUGAAUUCAGGAAGAAGCCACGAACCAUGGUGACGUGCAGUGGUUUGAGCCUUCAUCAACCAUCACAGUCACCUGAAGAAUUUUGUUUAAAAUACAGAUUCCCAGGUCUCAGUGCAGCCCUACUCCUGUGUGGGAUGGGGCUGGGAAGUUUCAGCAGUGCUACAGUGUCCUAAGGAGGGCAGGCUUUACCAGUGGGAUCAUUGGAGCUGCAUCUUGAAGGAUGGCUAUGAUUUGGGUGUGUGGAGAGGCAGAGGAGUCAGUCCUGAUUGGCUCAAGGAGUGUAUUUGGUUGGGUUUGAAGAAAUGGCAUGUACAGAGUUUUGGGAGUUGGGGUGGAAAGGCAUUUUUGAAAGAGUAAGUGUAAGUGUCAGGCUGGAACACUGGGUUUGCAUGGGAAUUGUGAGGAGGAAGAUUAGAAGGAACGGUCUUUGUAGGCUAUAGAACUUGCUGGAGUGCUCCCUCUGCCUCCUCCCCGCUUCUUCCUUCUUUCUCUUCUGCUUCUCUACUUCCUUCUUGCCUCCCAACCCUCAAAAUCUUCCAUCCUUUGAAUUGCUACUAUUGAAUGGAUAUUAUUAUUCUGAGUAUUUGGAUGAGAAAACCUGAGGCUCUGACCAUGGUUACAUAGCUUGUAAGAGUCUAUUCUGAGUCCAGUAAUCAUCCUGCACUGAGGAUUCUUGAAUGUGGGCAAGAAGCUGGGCUGGGCUUGGGGGGUGGGGGUGGGGGUAUUGGAUUAGCAGGGUGGCUGAUUGAACCAUCUCAGGCAAGACGAGGUGGGUGGUUAAAAGCAUGGCCUUGAGUCAAAUAGUUUGGGUUCAUAUCCCAGCUUCAUUACUUGCGUGACCCUGGGCAAGUUGCUUGAUCUUACUAAGCCUCAGUCUUCUCACCUGUAACAUGGGAGCAAUAACACUCGCCUCAUGGGGUUGUUACAAGGAUCAAUGAGGUGUACUUGGCACAGAGCAAUUGCUCACCACCUGGAAGCAAUUGUAAUUAGCCUUCUGUAAUUAGUCUCUGGGCUCUGGCGGUGCACCUGCAUCUCAUUCUUCAGCACAUUGGUUUCCAGGACACAGCCCAUCCUGGUUGAGCUUGUUUUAUUAAGGAUGACAUUAGAGGUGCAGAAAGUUUGCCACUGGUAAAUAUAUAUUGAAAACCUCCCAUAUGCUUGGCAUGGCCUAGGAACUAGUGACUCAAGGCUUAUAUCUGAUGGAAAGGAGGUUUGGAGUGGGGGGAAUGAUGGGUUAUUCUCAUCAGGUGACAUAGGAAGAGGAGGGAUGCUUGAAGCGGGAAGUGGAAGGGCCCUUCACUACCAAGAACUGAGAUGAGCUCCGUCAGACCUAGAGGGUGGGUGGUGACUGACAGUCUCUUCUGCGCCCUGGAAAGGUUAGCCCUGGCCAGUCUGGAUCCUUCUCACUCUCCGGCUGAAGGCUGAUGGAGCCUCUGUCCAUCUCUUUUCCAGGUGGCAGUGACAUGGCUGUGCCCCAGGCUUCUCCACCGGGGCACCUCCAUGAGCCUGCCAGUGCCCUGAUGGAUCUCCAGCCUUGUCCUCGAAGCUUGGCUGAGAGCUUCCUGGAGGAGGAGCUGCGGCUCAAUGCUGAGCUGAGCCAGCUACAGUUCUCGGAGCCUGUGGGCAUCAUCUACAAUCCUGUGGAGUACGCGUGGGAACCACACCGCAGCUAUGUGACCCGAUACUGCCAGGGCUCCAAGGAAGUGCUCUUUCUGGGCAUGAACCCCGGACCCUUUGGCAUGGCCCAGACUGGGGUGCCCUUUGGGGAAGUGAGUAUAGUCCGGGACUGGUUGGGCAUUGGGGGACCUGUGUUGACCCCACCCCAAGAGCACCCGAAGCGACCAGUGCUGGGACUGGAGUGCCCUCAGUCAGAGGUGAGCGGUGCCCGGUUCUGGGGCUUUUUCCGGAACCUCUGUGGACAGCCCGAGGUCUUCUUCCGUCGCUGUUUCGUCCACAAUCUGUGUCCUUUGCUCUUCUUGACUCCCAGUGGGCGCAACCUCACGCCUGCUGAGCUACCUGCCAGGCAGCGAGAACAGCUUCUUGGGGCCUGUGACGCGGCCCUCUGCCGACAGGUGCAGAUUCUGGGGGUGCGGCUGGUGGUGGGCGUGGGGCGGCUGGCGGAGCAGCGGGCGCGGCGGGCUCUGGCAGGCCUGAUGCCUGAAGUGCAGGUGGAGGGGCUCCUGCAUCCCUCACCUCGGAGCCCCCAGGCUAACAGGGGAUGGGAGGCAGCAGCCACGGAGAGACUGAAUGAGCUGGGGCUGCUGCCACUGCUAACAAAGUGAGGGCCCCUGUGGCCCAGCACAGGAGGUUUUCCAGGCCCCCAGGUCAUCCCAGGGCAAGCAGAGGACUGUGAGCCCCCUGGACUGGAGCCACAGGCUCCUUCUGGGCUCCCUGGUUGCUGGGACCUGCCGUGGCAGUUUUGACACUACUCCCUGCAUCCUUCACCUUCUUUGAGCAUUGCCGCUGCGGUAACCGGCUGCACGGAGGCUUGGUGUCUGCAGACUGCUCUACCUCACCGUGUUCUGGGGAGCCUCCGGUCAGCUGUGAGUGGCCUGAGCAAUGACUUCUGAGGCUGUGUUUGAGAGAAGAGCCUGUCAGGAUCCUCACCUGUCCUCUUAGAACAGCUGCCUUCAAGCUGAGCCUUUUCCUCACAGGGACCAGGACAAAUGGAGGGCUAUGGGUGAUACGAGUGAACUUCUUCCGGGAGACGGAAGCUGGAUCAGAGAAAGGAUUCAGCGUGGCCGAGUGGGGAAGACCAGAAGACUGGCUUUCUUCAUCUUGGCUUUGAGACUUCAUGACUUUGUCAUCUUUAUGACUUUGGACCAAUUUAAUGAACCUCUCCAAGCCUCGGGAUCCUCGUCUGUAAAAUGGGGCUCCCUGCCGCAUGGGGUGGGAGUGGGGGUUAAGUGAGAUAACACUAGAAAGUGCCUUGCGUCGUGCCUGGCAGGUGGGGGCUCCUGCUUCUUGCUUUUUUGCCUCUUGAUUGUGGUGUCACUGUACCACACUACAGGGGGAGCUCCCCCGCUCCGAAGACCUUGCUGGGUGAGGGGCGGAUCCUUGUCCUGCUACAGGUGGACCGAUAACUUUAUGAAAAACCCAGCCUGUGAUUUUUUUCAGUCCGAGCAUUAAAAACUCUCAAAUCGGGGCACCUAGGUGGCUCAGCCAGCCUUUGGUGCGGUCGUGAUCUCUCAGGUCAUGAUCGCUCAGGUGCCCCCACUCAGCAGGGAGUC